GUACUUUACACAUACUCAGGUACCCUCCGAAACACACAGCGACCAUCUCCAGAAACGCGAGAAGCACAGGCACCUUUGUAUGGCAUAAGGGCUGUCCGACCACCCUGCCGUCUCAACUUGGAGCUCUCCGAAAGCACGCCCGAUUCGCUGAGAGGUUCCCUUCCUUGGGCAGCCCUGUACUCUUGCGGAGCGAGCAAUGUCAAGCCAGAAAGCUGCCACCAUGACUGUCGAGCCUAGUGAAGAGCAAAUCCAACAGGUGGUGGCGUUUGGUAUCGAUGAGGUGACUGCGAAAAGGUUUCUCCGGGUCAAGUCAUGUGACGUUCAACAAGCUGUCAAUGCCAUAUUUGAUGGCGACGACAUAGCCAAGCUCGAAAGCGGCAUCACUUGGGACCCAAGCGUCUAUAAUACCGACCGCGAUGGCAAUGCGAACCUCCAUCCACUUGGCGCGAAUUCGACUGCACCUACACGAGGCAACUCGCCUGCAGCCAGCCUCAAGGAGUCUGCACCUACUAGCAACGACGAGGCCGAGGCUGAUCUGGCGCGAGCGCUGGCACUUUCACAGGAAACAGAUGUGCCGUAUGGGGGCUGGGAGCAGCAGCAGGAGACAGGGACGAUUGGCCAGAAUGGCAUGGAACUUCGGAGAAUUGGUCCCGCGACGAAAGAGGAGCAUACGGAGCAGCGGUGGGGCAUGGUUCUUCAUAAUGCCAGCGAGGUCAUUCCCGACGUGCCCAUCGAGGAGAGAGUGCAGCUUCAGGGAGACCAUGCACCUCGAUUCCUAAAGCACACUCUGGAUGGCGACUACACGCCAAACCUGAUUACCAUCUGCCACAGCAUACCAAUGGCGAGGGAGGCUUUCCUGCUCGCUGCUUCGCCUAUAGCGGACUAUGGACACGAUGCGAACUGGUGGAAAGGGGCAGCCGUUUCUAAGCCAAGAAUAGUACAUACAGACGGUGAAAUUGCUGCAGAUCAAGAUACAGAUAGUUCCGACGAGUUUGUGGCUGAGCUACAACGAUUGACGGCAUUCUUAGACUGCAGCGCAAGAGUCUAUGCAAGUGUAGGAGGCCUGCUGGAAACCAAGGCCAUUAAGGAUCGAACUUCCACACCGAAGAUGGAAAGCUUUUUGAACAGCUACACUGCCAUCGUUGGCGCUCGAGGGGGAGACCAAGCUGAUCAAAUUGCCGGACUGUUCAAUACACGCGCUGCUUUGAUCGGGGGACUUGAUUCUGACAAGGACAGCACCACCGUGUUGACUCUCAAGAGCAGUUGCGCGGACAGUGUUGCUGAAGACUCCAAGCCCGAUCUCACUGAAUGUCUAGACAAAAUGGUUUGGAACACAGACGCUGAUGAAGAUGAGCCGAGGCAAUUUUGUCUUGAGCGACCUGCGAAUAUUCUGGUCAUGCGGCUCGAUCAAGAAGACAGGUCAGCAUCGCACCUUAACAUCACCGUUCCGGCGACUCUCGUUAUGGACAAGUACAUUGAAGAGAACGUGCCCGCCACAAGAGCGCUUCGAGAACAGCUCAUUCAGUCCAAGCGACGAAUUAAGAAAAUCACCGAUGUGGAGAAGAAGCUGAUGUACUGGACGAGAGAUGGGCAACAGCUCGACUCACGACAGUUGCUCAAGCACACCCAUGCUCAUUUCUCGGGGCAGAACCGACGGGAUGUGGACCAGGCUGACAAGACCAACAAUGCAUCGGUAUCGAUCGACCAGCCCGGUCACUACCAGAACAUCGCCGAUCAAUUGCGGACCGUCAUGGCCAGCAUUGACGAGAAGCUGGAAAUACUCGCCGAGGAGAAGGCCAAGGCUCAAAAAGCCAUCAGCGAGCUGAGCAAGUCCACGAUUCCAGCACUGGAGGGACAAGAAGCUCAAUAUCGAUACACGCUGCGAGGGGUGGCGACCAAACCUCACAUCACGUAUGUGCUUCGGCCCAAGACGGCAGAAGAAGGGCAAGGGCAAGCGACUGAGCACAACGAGGAAAUGCAAGAUGCGCCCGCUUCUGUGUACGACGAGGAGAACACCACGCCGACUGGCUUUCAGUGGUGGCGCAUUGACUACGAAGUGACUGGUCAGACUGCCAAGGUCACUCGCUCCAAAGCAGAUGACUUUGAUGUGAUCCGCGCGGUCGAGCUGGAACAUAACUCCGCACUGCUGGUCUAUGCCAGCGACGAUGCUGUUGACGAUCUCGAGCCCAGUGAACUUCCUGCGCCGCUCCAGGACUUCAUCCAGAGGGACAACGAACAGUUGUAUGUUGACAUUGAGGCAAGCAAACGUAAUGCGCCGCCUCCCUAUCAAGACCACAACUCUAUAUCGGACAUGGUGCGCUCCUCUGUGGAGACGCGCGAAUGCGAUGACGACAACGACAGCAAUUCGAGCAUGAAACCGCAGCUGGACGGCCAGGACUUUGCACAUGGAGACGACGUGAAUAUCAUCGAUAGUCAUGCGAGCAUGCCCAUGUCGGACUGGCUGGAUUCGGAGAAUCAAUAUCGAGGGGGGAACAUCAUCGAUAUCGACGCCAACGAUCCGCGGCAAUCUGAUCCGCCUCCGGUCGAUAUUCGUCUGGAUGAGCCUGAGGCGCCCAGUUCGGCAGCAGUCGACGACUUUGACAGCACGGGCGGGCGGGAGAUGGAGGAGAAAGAGGGUAUGCCUAGCUUGAUCCCAGCUCGUGGUGCAUCCGCGGCUCAUCCGGAGGCGGUGUCCAGCGAGGAUGUGGGGAUGAGUGGGAUGGGCGAGAGUCAAGACUUGGGCAUUGGCGGUGCGACCAGCCAUGUUGAGGAGGUCAGGAAGGGUGGUUGAGCAGGCCAUGAGAUGUGUGCUGUGUACAUUGGAAUUGCGAUUCGUAAUGCAUCGCCAUUGGAUGCAUUAUGCAGCGUAGAUGGCAUCGACAGUCGCUGAAGUCUAGCAGAGCAGGUUGAAUGACAGAGAGCUA